ACUGGACAUCGCUGACCAGCCCGUGGGGUCACGGAUGACCAGCACGUACCAGAGCCUGGACGAGAGCAAGAUGGGGCAGAGCCCUUUCGGGACUUCCUUCGGCUCACCGCCUCAAGCUUCCAAUCCAGGUUUCCGAUCUGUAUCUGCGCCUGUGGCCAAACCGCCGUCUGAUAAACCCCAGCAGCAGUUAAUGAAGUGUGGCGGAUGUGACAUGCUAGCCACCGGAGUGAUUGUGAAAGCUAACGGAGUACCCUAUCACGUGGCCUGUUUCAAAUGCACUUCCUGCUCCAUGAAUCUAAAGCAGAAAGGUUUCUUUGUGGUGGAAGGUAAACUAUACUGUGAAACACAUGCCAAGAGGCAUGCACAAGCACCAGGACCUGAUAUGGUAGCCGUACCUGUGUACAGAUAAUCUGUAGUGCCAUCGACUAACUGUAGAUAGAUCGCCUAGUGUUCCAGAACAAGCCUCACCACCAAGUUUAGCCAUAACCCAUGUACACAAUCAAAUUUUGUUCCUGGCUUAUGGACGAACUCUACUGCACCCAUUAGAAACUUUUCGCCUCCUAAUGAUUCUGCUUUUUUUUUUCAACAAGGUUCUAUACCAAGGUUUCUGACAGUGAUAGUGGUACAUCUAUCACGUGUAUGCGUUAGUGUUUGUGAUAUAUCUCCAACUAGGCAUUGUUAGUGGUACAUCGAUAACAAUAUCUUUUGUAGUGUUUGUGGUACAUCUGUAACAAUGUCUCUGGCAGAGUUAGUGCCAUGGGCAUGGAAUCUGCCUUCCAGAUAAAAAACUGAAGUUAAAAAUAAUUGGUUUUAGUUCUACCAUCUUUCUGUUGGAACAUUCUAGCAAAACCAAGAGGAACCAACUCCUCCUCCAUCCCACCCCCCUCUCCCCCAUGUUUAGCUGUGUCCAAAGAAAAUGUUUCCCCUGUACUAACAUGUCCCCACAAACGACCUUCACCUUUUAGUGAUAAAUAGCCUUCACUUUUAUUCUUGGUAAAAAGAAAAAUAUGUAUAUUAUCUUUAUUUCAUGAAUGAAGUAGUGAAAUGUUAUUAUAAAUAAAACUUAGAAUAUAGAAAUUUUUUGCUAUUGCUUUAAAGAAUUACUGUAAUAUAUACUUUUAAUAUAUGUAAUUGUAACACUUUUAGUUUUUUAAAUUGCCACUGAAAAAUAUGGAUGUUCUAACCAGUUUGGAAAUUACAAACUGUUUUAAUUAAGAACUCAUCAGAAAUUCUAAGAAAAUUUUUUCUACACAUAUUUUGUGUUGUGCCAAAUAAAAAAAAAAAACCAAAAAACUUUUAAGGUGAACUUUCUGCAUCUAGAAUUUCUUGCUCCAGACUGUUCAUUAACUGAGAGGUCUCAGUUAUUUUAUGUGAUAUACAGUAAAACAUGGUUCAGUCAUGAGGGUAAAUCAUGUAUUGUUCAUAUCGUAUUUACGUGUCUUCCUAUUCAAAUAGCAAUAUGUCCAGUACAUAGCUAGCUGUUUAUCAUGACAAACAAAAAAAAAUCUACUUUAUAUUACUCGCGAGUCUUCAUUGUUUAUUAUCUAUUUUAUUAUCUACUUUAUUGUCUAUUUAUUUCAAGAAUGUAGUGAUAGUACGAAUCCAAUUUUGUUAUUUAUACAAUUAUCAAAGCCAACAUUAGACGAAAUCGCCGAUUGUGUUGAACUCUGAUUUUUCGCAUCACAUUAACUCACUUAUUUCUGCAUUCAUGUUGAAAGCCUUAUCUAUUUGUUUUAACAAAUAAACAUUUUUACUCGACC